AUGGAUCAUAUGGAACAUUUGAGCGGAACUAUUGACGGACAUCAAGACUUGUCGAAGGGAGUGCUUCGAACCAGCAUGCAGUCUACUGACAAUGCUUCACUACUCUUCAUAACGAGCACAGGAAUGGCUCAUAGUGGGAGAGAGCAGGAGUACAUUGAGUCCACCCUAUUGGGCACGGACCUAUUAUCAAGUCAGCUGCCAACAAAUUUGCUGAAUGAUUACAUAAAUUCGGUGUCGACAACUGCUCCGAAUGCAAUUGGCAGCAUGCAAACAGCUCUCAUGGAGCACCAUUAUCGGCCCCUCACUGCAGAUGAGAUACAUACACUGAUUAGUGAAUCGAGUAACGACGCAACCGGCACGAAGGAUAUUCCGGGUUUCAACACGUUGUCCUCGUACGAUAAAAUGAUUAGCAUUGGUCAAUCUACAUCGCCCAUGAGCAAUGGAUUGGCGCAAAUCGCUGGUACGAUUGAUAGUUAUGUCCAUUUUCCACUGCAUACCACCGGUUCGGGUACGGAAGGAUUUGACGUAACGACAAAUGUUCUUGUGACUGCCAACGCAGAACACCAACAACAUCAUCAUUACAGUCUGGCACAUCCCGCUAAUUCACACAUGCAUGUUCAGCACCAAACGCAAGGUCAUAUGCACCAUCAUCAGAACAUUGUUGAGAUAUCAAAUGCUACGCAAAUUCCCGCGCUAGGGCAUUCACAAACGUCUGCUUCGAGCAUAGGUGCAAUACUGCCCGCUGUCGAUGUUGCCAUGAAGGUGUACAAUCAUAAUAACUCCAUCGUUCCCAUCGCAUCGACAGCACCAGGAUCGACAGACGCGCACAGUAGUACAACUAUGAGCAUCAGUUCGAUGAAUAUAAACGAAUCUCCUAAACGCUUUUAUUCCUGCACUAGUCUUCCCUUGAUAAUUACGAAUGCAAAUCAACGAUCGACGUAUUCCAUUACUGAUAGUUUGGGCGCUCCAAAGUCUACCGCCCCGAACAGCAUUGAGUGUGAAUCACGAACGCACGAUGAAGAAAUCGUAGAAUGUGUUGCAUCAAUGGAGAGUACAUCGUGUGCACUGUCAGGAAAUAUGAAUCUACCCCACAAGAAAAGAUUGGCCAAAAAGUUGGGCGACACGAAGGAAACUUUAUGCAUUGGGGCUCCCGAAAUGGAUCAAGCUUUGAUGAUGGCAAAUAUGCAGCAUUCACAGCGUGACGAAUCUACUGAACCCGAGGCGGACAAACCCACAAAUCAUUCAAAUUAUCAAUGUGAUUCAACUGUACCACAGCACGCCAAUGCUGUAAAAUGUAACGCUUCAAAGUCAACCAUGGCACAACAGUCACCGUCCGUUGCACAGCAGACUAUGAGUUCAUUUGUCUGCCAACUGUGUGGAAAAAUGGUGCACGAUCAACUAGUGUUCUUUAACCAUUUGAAGGAACACUACGAACCAUUGAAUAAAGAUAAUGGCGUUUCGAUCUCAAGUUCUAAUACAUUUGCAUCGAAAACGGUUGUUAUAACGCCUGCGGCGAACAUUUCUCCAGUUAGUAAGGAAGCUGCCGACGGUAAGAAAGCCAAGCCCAAGCUACCUCGAGUGAAGCACACGAAAAAGUUAAAGAAUGAUCGUACUGUAAGGCAAAUCCAUGUGGAAGAGGAACGGCAAACGCCAAAAACCGAAACAAAGGCAAUUCCAACCUCCUCGAAAUGUUCAAAUGCCGCAGGAUUAUCUAAAGCAAGAGAAAAUCUUGAGCCAAAUCUGGCAGUGGAAGAUGCUAUGAUAGUAAUUGAAAGUUCAGAAAAUGGCGGUGAAUUUAGUGAAACAGAGGACAUGCUGGAAGGCAUCCGGAAUGUGGUGCAGAAGGUUCAGGAGACUGUCGAUACAGAUACGAACGAGGAUUUGUGUUUAGCAAGCAAUGGGACCUGGUUUCCGAGCGGCAAUAAUGGCAAUGAAAAUGAUGCGGAUAAUGGCCCAGCAGCAACAUCAUUGCGACAAGAGCAAGAAAAGAGCAAUUUAACUUUACCCGGAGACACACUGGGUUCUAACGAAAUGAACAUUGUAAGUGGAGGAGACAACUUUUUAAUACUCCUUAGCAAAACUCCAUUUAAUGACACGGAAUUAUUACCAACGGAAAUCGCUAACGCGUCGAUAUUGAAAUCGCUUGAAUCUGUCUCGUGUGAACAGCUAGUACAUGCCGACUCAUUGAAUGUACCAACUAGAAAUGAAGUUACCAAAGAGCCAGACUUGCAACAAAUGCGAAUUUUAAGUUCAACUUCGUUUCCACUUCUUCCCAGCAUUGAUCCCCUCUCGGACACGCAUACGACUUCAUUUAGAAGCAGCGAAUCUAGUUUACCGAUAGCAUCCAUCAUUGAACAGUCCUCGAAUGCGAUGAGCAAAUUUUCGGCAAGCUCCUAUGUACCGUCACACGGUGGCAUUAUAUCGGAUCAGUUGAAAAAUGAGCAAAAAUCUGAUGACGAUGAUGACGAGGGCGGUGAAGAUGCAUCGGAAUAUGAACAAAUGCAACUUACCGAUCUUGAUCCGCUCGUCGAUGAAACAUCCGGCAGUCGGGAUGAACCGCCAUUAGAAGAUUAUCAUGUUAGCGGUGAUGAAGCUGCUGAUACGCACGGCGAACACUUUCCAUCGGAGGUGCAAGCCAACGAAGAUGAAGCGGAACUGUGUCGAAAUGAUAAGGAAUUAUUAGCAGCUAAGAGUAGUUCAACAUUAGAUAAAUACCUAUGUAAGGUAGCGGACUGUGGGCGGUGGUUUAAGUCCAACACGGCAUUUGCUUACCAUCAGUUACAGCACACAGGCGAACGACCGCACAAAUGCCAAGCCUGCCAGAAACGCUUCUUUACCUGUAGUGCACUAAAGGUACACGAACGAUUGCAUUCCGGUGAAAAGCCAUACAAAUGUGAAGAAUGCGGUCACCACUUCCGGCAGUGGGGAGAUCUGAAAUAUCACAAAAUCUCCAAACACUCGAACGAGAAAAUACACAAAUGUGAAUUCUGCGGCAAAGACUUUGCCCGACGCUAUUCCCUCGUUCUGCAUACGCGAAUCCAUACCAACGAGAAAAACUUUGUAUGCGAGUACUGUAACAAAGCAUUCCGUGCUAGCUCAUACUUGCAGUCACACCGAAUGAUACACACCGGAGAAAAACCACACCAAUGUACCAUUUGCGAUAAAAAGUUCCGCUGCCACGGGGAUUUGAAUAGGCAUCAAAAAACACAUUCACGUAUUAGCAAAAUUGAACCAGCGACCAAGGAGCAAGAGAAGAUUGUGGAAGAGGACGAUAGUGGCUUAACGGCGGAUUUAUCCUGCGGAGAAAAACUAAGAGCAACGGUCAAAGGAAAAACUAAACUGAAACGGAAAAACAAUAAUAGCAUUGUUAUCGUUUAG